AAAUCGGAGUAUCCAGAGUGAAUUUAAUUGACCGUAGUUCCAUACAAUACACACACAUAUAAUCAAAUUUGGAUUCUCCUUCUUCGUUAUGUACAUACAAAUCAAACAGCAAAAAUCAAAUAUUUAUUAUUAUCUCUCUCUCAAUCUCUCUCCCUCUCCAGAGAGAUCUAAUUGUGUGUAAAUAAGAUUGUAUUGUGAUCGGAAAUUGAUGACGACGGAGCAAUUAACUCCGGGCGGUGGAGGACCGCGGUACGUGCAAAUGCAACCGGAGCCGGGGACGUCGAUGAUGUCGUCGUUCUUUUCGUUCCGGCAGAGUCAGCCUGAGUCAACUCGGAUUUUUGACGAGUUACCUAAAGCUACGAUCAUACAAGUGUCUCGUCCUGAUGCUAGCGAUAUUAGCCCUAUGCUUUUGUCUUACACUAUUGAAUUUCGUUACAAACAGUUCAAGUGGCAGUUACAUAAGAAGGCUGCACAAGUUUUCUAUUUACAUUUCACAUUGAAAAAGCGUGCAUUUUUUGAGGAGAUUCAGGAGAAGCAAGAGCAGGUUAAAGAAUGGCUUCAAAACUUGGGAAUUGGAGAAAACACGACAAUGGUGCAUGAUGAAGAUGAACACGAUGAUGAGACUGUUCCUUUAAAUCACGAUGGAAGUGUUCGAAACAGAGAUGUCCCUUCUAGCGCUGCUCUACCAAUUAUUCGGCCAGAACUUGGAAGGCAACACUCAAUGUCAGACAGAGCAAGGGUAGCAAUGAAUGGAUACUUGAAUCAUUUUCUUGGGAACUUGGAUAUCGUUAACUCUCGAGAGGUUUGUAAGUUUUUGGAGGUUUCCACAUUAUCAUUUUCCCCAGAGUACGGUCCCAAGCAAAAAGAAGAUUACGUGAUGGUGAAUCAUUUGCCAACAAUUCAUAAUGAUGAUGAUCACAAGAAAUGUUCCCCCUGCCAGUGGUUUAAUUGCUGUAAUGACAACUGGCAAAAGGUCUGGGCUGUUCUCAAACCUGGAUUCCUGGCUCUGCUAAAAGAUCCUUUUGACACUAAACCACUGGAUAUAAUUGUUUUCGAUGUUCUACCAGCUUCAGAUGGGAUUGAAGGAGCCAGAGCUACAUUAGCUGUAGAAAUGAAAGAGCGGAAUCCUCUCCGUCAUUCUUUCAAAGUGUCUUGUGGAAACAGGAGCAUAAGAUUAAGAUCUAAGAGUAGUGCUAAAGUUAAGGAGUGGGUUACUGCAAUUAAUGAUGCUGCCCUUCGGCUACCGGAGGGGUGGUGUCAUCCUCAUCGUUUUGGCUCUUUUGCUCCUCCACGGGGGUUGGCUGAAGAUGGCAGUGAGGUUCAGUGGUUUGUUGAUGGUCGAGCAGCAUUUGAAUCCAUUGCUUCAGCAAUUGAUGGAGCAAAAUCAGAGAUAUUUAUUUGUGGCUGGUGGGUUUGCCCUGAACUUUAUUUGAGACGUCCGUUUCAGACUAAUGCUUCCUCCCGGCUUGAUGCUUUGCUGGAAGCAAAAGCCAAGCAAGGUGUCCAGAUAUACAUUCUUUUGUAUAAAGAGGUUGCUCUUGCCCUCAAAAUUAACAGUGUGUACAGUAAGAGAAAGCUUCUUGAAAUUCAUGAAAAUGUCAGAGUACUGCGUUAUCCAGAUCAUUUCUCUAGUGGUGUCUAUCUAUGGUCUCAUCAUGAAAAACUUGUUAUUAUUGAUAAUCACAUAUGUUUUAUUGGAGGACUGGAUCUAUGUUUUGGCCGUUAUGAUUCAUCCGACCAUAAAGUGGGUGAUGUUCCACCCAACAUCUGGCCAGGAAAAGAUUAUUAUAAUCCAAGAGAAUCAGAACCAAAUACUUGGGAAGAUACUAUGAAAGAUGAGAUAAACCGUGAAAAGUAUCCACGUAUGCCAUGGCAUGAUGUCCAUUGUGCUCUAUGGGGCCCACCUUGUCGUGAUGUUGCCCGGCAUUUCGUUCAGCGUUGGAAUUAUGCUAAGAGAAAUAAAGCUCCGAAUGAGCAAACAAUUCCUUUGCUUAUGCCUCAGCAUCAUAUGGUUAUUCCCCAUUAUAUGGGAAGUAGCAGCGAAAUGGAAGUAGAAAAGAAGAUUGUUGAAGACAUCUAUAGCGAUAUGAAAAGAAAUGAUUCUGUUGCCUCUCUAUCAUCCUUCCAAGAUAUUCCUUUGCUUAUACCUCAAGAAGCUGAUGAGUUGCGUCCUUCUGAUGGAGAUUUAAAAUCAAAUGGGUUGGAGAUGAAACAUGAUUUUGAUGAUCAACCAAGUAGGGCCAGCAAGGGUCCUUUUUCUUUUAGGAAGUCAAAAAAUGAAGCAUUAGUUGAAGAUACGCCAAUGAAAGGAUUCGUGGAUGAUUCUGAUUCUUUAGUUCCUAAUCAGGAUUUAUCUCCAGAUAUCGGGAAGAGAACAUCAGAAAAAGAAUGGUGGGAGACACAAGAGAGGGGUGAUCAAGUUGUUUCGGCAGAUGAAACCGGACAAGUUGGUCCUCGUGUUAAAUGUCGUUGUCAAGUUCUGAGGAGUGUCAGCCAGUGGUCUGCUGGGACAAGCCAAGUUGAAGAAAGCAUCCAUAAAGCUUAUUGCUCUCUUAUCGAAACGGCCGAACACUUUGUCUAUAUAGAGAACCAGUUCUUCAUCUCAGGUCUCAAAGGAGAUGAAAUUAUCCGGAACCGUGUGCUAGAAGCCAUGUAUAGACGUAUUAUUAGGGCACACCAUGAAAAGAAGUCCUUUAGAAUCAUAAUUGUCAUACCACUCCUCCCUGGCUUCCAGGGGGGUAUUGAUGAUGCUGGUGCGGCAUCUGUUAGAGCAAUAAUGCACUGGCAGUAUCGAACAAUAUGCAGAGGACCAAAUUCUAUACUGCAAAAUCUCUAUAAUCUUCUUGGCGCUAGAAUGCAUGAUUACAUAUCCUUUUACGGUCUAAGAUCUUAUGGUAAACUCUUUGAAGGUGGUCCAGUGGCUGCUAGCCAGGUGUAUGUUCAUAGUAAGGUCAUGAUAGUUGAUGACUGUAUAGUCUUGAUUGGAUCAGCCAAUAUUAAUGAUAGGAGUUUGCUCGGAUCAAGAGAUUCUGAGAUCGGUGUGCUUAUUGAAGAUAAAGAAUUAGUUGAUUCGUUUAUGGGCGGGAAGCCAUGGAGGGCUGGAAAGUUUGCUUCUAGUCUUCGUCAUUCACUUUGGUCUGAGCACCUGGGUCUUUCAGCAGUGGAGAUCAACCAAAUCAUUGAUCCGGUAAUUGAUUCAACGUACAAGGAUAUAUGGAUGGCAACUGCAAAGACAAAUACAAUGAUCUAUCAAGAUGUAAUUUCAUGCAUUCCUAAUGAUCUCAUACAAUCCAGGUCUGCACUAAGACAAUGCAUGACCCACUGGAAAGAAAAACUCGGACACACAACAAUUGAUUUAGGAAUUGCUCCCGUCAAGCUGGAAUCGUAUCAGGAUGGAAAUAUAAGGGGAACUGAUCCCAUGGAAAGAUUGAAGUCCGUGAAGGGGCAUCUGGUUUCUUUUCCUUUAGAUUUUAUGUGCAAAGAAGAUCUCAGACCUGGAUACAAAGAGAGUGAAUAUUAUGCAUCACCUCAAGUUUUUCACUAAGUUCUUUUUGUAAUGAACGACUACUAGUAAAAGAGGAGAGUUGUAAAGUCUGUACACUUACGUAAAGCACAAAAAAUAUUUACACAUAAAGGGAGCAGUGUAGGUAGAAAAUAUUUAUAUGUAUCUAGAACCACAGUUAGCUGUAUAUAUAACUCAUAUACACCCUGUUUUAGAUGUGGAGUUUUGUCCCCUACUCCAUAAAGGGAAUAUUGGUGCUAAAGAAGCUACUUCGAGCUGUCUGAUAUACUGGAAUUCUUAGAUGCUCCUCUUUUAUAUUUUUGGGUAUGAUUGGGCUGUAAUACAUGAGUACUUGCAGGA